CCGGCCAUGCUUUUAAAGCAAGCAGAGCAUCUCUCUCUCUCUCUCUCUCUCUGAACUCCAACCCCUAGACUUCCGUCCUUUGACUCUUCUUUCCUUUAUCUUCCUAUAUUGAUGUUUGUGCUGCGUUUGCGCGUUCCUGAGCAACAGAAAUGGGGGAGAAGAUGUAUCAAAUACCGGCGUUUGAGAGCUGGCACAACGGCGAGCAUGUUGUCCAGCCAGGGCUGACCCGUGCAAGUUUCUUCGGCGAGGAAGAUCUUUUUCAAGUGCCUAUGGCCAUGCCGGUGGACUCUGCUUAUCUCAAAGGCGGUCUAUGUCGCAGAAAGGUGAGGAAGAGAAGUUGCAGUGGAGCUCCCAAGGCAGUGGAUGAGGAUUUGUACAAGAUUCCACAGGAACUUCUAUAUCAGAAACCCAAAAGGAAGAGGCUGCUGAAAAAUUUGGUAUCCGGAUGUCUAGGCCUCAACUGCAUCCCCUAAACUUGUAAUAGGGCUAGGCCAAUUUCUUAUCUUGCUUUUUGCUUUCUUUACUUUCUUAUUUUCCAUCUUUCAUGGAUUUAGUAUGAGAUGGAAUUUAUUCACUUGUUGCUUCAUAUGUCGAGUGUUUUUUUUUUAAGUACUGUUCACAUGUAAAUAGUUUGAUCAGAAAUCAGUGGCCGAGCAAAAAUUUCUAUCUA